CACACAUUGACAACGACUCGGAUGCACCUUGGCCAAAGCUGAGCUGCCACUUUGACCGAGGAGGCUUUGAAAGGGCAGUUCCCUGCUGUCAACAGCUGCCAUCCUCUGCCAGUGCAGGCGCCAGGACGCCCUGGGUUGGCGUGCCUUUUGUGAUCAGCUGGCUGCUCAAGCAAAUGCUUUCUGCUGAAAUUAGAAGAUACUGAUUGCGAGAAGCUGCCGCUGCGCCUGCAAGCGGAGGCUCGGAAGGGAUAGGGUGCUCGCAAAGAUGUACAGCAAUUUCAAAGAACAGGCGAUCGAGUACGUGAAGCAGGCGGUAGCGGCCGACAAUGCAGGGGAGUACGCCAAGGCAUUCCCUCUGUACAUGAACGCUCUUGAGUACUUUAAAACACACCUCAAGUACGAGAAGAAUCCCAAGAUCAAGGAGGCGAUCACUCAGAAAUUCACAGAGUACCUACGGCGGGCAGAGGAGAUCAGGCAGACGCUGGACGGGGGAACAACCAAGGGACCCCCCGCGAAUGGGGACGCUGCAGUUGCGGUUAAGCCGAACAAGUCGGCGUCGAAGGAUGGAAAGGACGAGGAGGAUGCAGACACAAAGAAAUUGCGGGGCAACCUUACGGGUGCAAUUGUAACAGAGAAGCCGAAUGUGAAGUGGGAUGAUGUGGCCGGGCUGGAGUCAGCAAAGCAGGCAUUGCAGGAGGCAGUCAUCCUUCCAGUCAAGUUCCCGCAAUUCUUCACAGGAAAACGAAAACCCUGGCGAGGGUUCCUCCUCUAUGGCCCGCCAGGGACCGGAAAGUCAUACCUUGCAAAGGCAGUCGCUACUGAAGCAGACUCCACUUUCUUCAGCAUAUCCUCCUCUGACCUGGUGUCAAAGUGGAUGGGCGAGAGCGAGAAGCUGGUGGCGCAGCUGUUCCAGAUGGCCCGCGAGAACGCCCCCUCCAUCAUCUUCAUCGACGAGAUCGACUCGCUGGUGGGCCAGCGGGGGGAGAACUCGGAGAGCGAGGCGUCGCGCAGGAUAAAGACCGAGUUCCUCGUGCAAAUGCAGGGGGUGGGACACGACGAUAACAAGGUGCUGGUGCUCGCAGCAACGAACACGCCCUACUCGUUAGAUCAGGCUGUUAGAAGGCGUUUCGAUAAGCGGAUCUACAUCCCGCUGCCUGACCCUAAGGCUAGGAAACACAUGUUCAAGGUCCACCUAGGCGACACCCCCCACAACCUCACCGACCAGGACUUCGACGACCUUGCGGCGCAAUCGGAGGGCUACUCGGGGUCUGACGUCAGCGUUGCGGUGAAGGCGGUGUUGUUCGAGCCGGUGCGGAAGACGCAGGAGGCGCGGUAUUUCCGGAUACUGCGGGGCAAGGACGGGAAGGAGCUGUACGAGGCGUGCUCGCCCGCGUUCCCGGGGCCCAAGGUCGAGACCACGCUGGAAGACCUCGCCAAGAACGGAAAGGCCUCGCAGAUUUCGGUGCCGGCCAUCAACAAAGCCGACUUCGUGAAGGUGCUCUCACGGCAAAGGCCAACCGUCAGUCUCAAGGACCUGGAAAUCCACGAACAGUUCACCAAAGAGUUUGGAGAAGAAGGAUAGCACGGGGGUUCCUACCAAUUGUACAGCGGCGCAUACCAACCAGGAUACCACUCGGCUCCAACAAACUGCAAUCUUCCAGGCCCUUGGCGGGUUCACAUGUUGUGAAAUUCUCAACUAUCCCAUGGUCAUGUUCCUCGAGCAAUAUACUGUGGCAUGGCCAUAAAUGGACCGAUUCUAUAUGUGCGGCGGCGUUGGCACCGCGCGGGUUUGAG